GUCGUCGUCUCGAAGCAAACUAGCGACAGACCCAACCCGAACCAAGCCAAAGUGCCAAACCCUCGCACUCCCCACCACUCCGCGGCGGCGGCGACGACAGACACUCGGCUGAGGUGGCCAUGGCGGCGGUUGCGACAGUGAGCUCGGCGAGCGGGAUCCUCGCCAUGCUCCAGGAGCCGGCGGAGGAGCUGAAGCUGCACGCGCUCGCCAGCCUCAACUCCCUCGUCCACCUCUUCUACCCGGAGAUCUCCACCAGCAUCCCCACCAUUGAGAGCUUGUACGAAGAUGAAGAGUUUGAUCAGAGACAGCUGGCAGCCCUAGUUGUAUCUAAGGUGUUUUACUACUUGGGGGAGUUAAAUGAUUCUCUGUCCUAUGCACUUGGUGCUGGACCUCUAUUUGAUGUUUCUGAGGAUUCAGAUUAUGCUCAUGCACUUUUAGCCAAAGCAUUAGAUGAGUAUGCGAGUUUCAAGAUUAGAGCGUCUAAAGCUACAGAAGGAGAAGAAACCGUGGAUCCCAGAUUAGAGACCAUAGUGGAGAGGAUGCUGGAAAAGUGUAUACUUGAUGGGAAAUACCAACAGGCCAUGGGUAUGGCUGUUGAAUGCAGGAGACUGGAUAAGCUGGAGGAAGCAAUUGUUCAGUGUGACAAUAUUCACGGGGCUCUUUCGUAUUGCAUCAACCUUUCUCAUCAAUAUGUUAGUCACCGUGAAUAUCGCUGUGAGGUUCUUCGCCGUCUUGUUAAAAUAUACCAGACUUUGCCACAUCCAGAUUAUCUGAGCAUUUGCCAGUGUCUUAUGUUUCUGGGCGAGCCUGAAACUGUUGCGAACAUAUUGGACACUCUGCUUUCUGGAAGCAAGGAUGAUGCUCUCCUCGCAUACCAAAUUGCUUUUGAUCUCGUGGAGAAUGAAAAUCAGGCCUUCCUUCUGAAUGUGAGGAAUCGCCUGGACUCCCAGACUCCUGGGCAGUCUAACCCUGACAAUGCAUCCGUUUUAUCGGACAAUCAGACUGGUAACGAUGGUACAACUAGCACAGAAGCAGCUGGUGAUGUUCAGAUGGGGGAUGACACAACUACGGCAAGUGGAAAUGCUCACACAGUGGAUCCAAAGGAGGUAGAGCAUGCUGAUCGUCUUGCAAAAAUUAAAGCAAUACUGUCAGGGGAGAAGUCUAUUCAGCUUACACUACAAUUUUUGUAUAGCCACAACAGGUCUGAUCUUCUAAUUCUGAAAACAAUCAAGCAAGCUGUGGAAAUGAGGAACAGUGUUUGCCACAGUGCAACUAUUUGUUCUAAUGCAAUCAUGCAUGCAGGAACAACUGUAGACACCUUCCUAAGAGAGAAUCUGGAAUGGUUAAGCAGGGCAACUAAUUGGGCUAAAUUCAGUGCAACUGCUGGAUUAGGUGUCAUCCAUAGAGGUCACCUUCAACAAGGUCGGGCUUUAAUGGCCCCGUACCUACCUCAAAGUGGCGCAGUUGGUGGUGGCAGUCCAUACUCGGAAGGUGGUGCCCUAUACGCGUUAGGUUUGAUUCAUGCCAACCAUGGUGAAGGAAUCAAACAAUUCCUUCGCGAAAGCCUUCGCAACACCAGUGCUGAGGUCAUCCAGCACGGUGCCUGUUUGGGACUUGGGCUUGCUUCUCUGGGGACAGCAGAUGAAGAAGUAUACGAGGACAUAAAGAAUGUCCUUUACACAGACAGUGCUGUGGCUGGUGAAGCAGCUGGUAUUGGCAUGGGCUUGCUUAUGGUUGGGACAGCCAGCGAGAAGGCUAGUGAGAUGCUUACUUAUGCACAUGAUACACAACAUGAAAAGAUUAUCAGGGGGCUGUCACUUGGCAUUGCCUUGACAGUGUAUGGCAGGGAAGAGGAAGCUGACACCUUGAUCGAGCAAAUGACUAGAGAUCAAGAUCCCAUACUACGUUAUGGUGGUAUGUAUGCUUUGGCGCUAGCCUACAGGGGAACUGCAAAUAACAAAGCCAUUCAUCAGUUGCUGCAUUUUGCUGUUUCGGAUGUCAGUGAUGAUGUUCGUAGGACUGCAGUUAUGUCUCUUGGAUUUGUUCUAUACAAUGAACCAGAGCAGACUCCGAGAAUUGUGUCCCUGCUCUCUGAAUCAUACAACCCGCAUGUUCGUUACGGUGCAGCUUUAGCUGUUGGGAUAUCCUGUGCAGGAACUGGAUUAAGUGAUGCUAUCUCCUUGCUGGAGCCUCUUACAUCAGACGUUGUUGACUUUGUACGCCAGGGAGCUCUAAUUGCUAUGGCAAUGGUCAUGAUCCAGACUAAUGAAUCAUUUGAUUCUCGUGUUGGAGCGUUCAGGCGUCAGUUGGAAAAGAUCAUUCUUGACAAGCAUGAGGACACCAUGAGCAAAAUGGGUGCUAUACUUGCUUCUGGUAUUCUAGAUGCUGGUGGUAGGAAUGUGACAAUCAAACUUCUCUCUAGGAACAAGCAUGACAAGCUCACUGCUGUUAUCGGCCUCGCCGUUUUCAGCCAGUUCUGGUACUGGUAUCCUCUCCUAUAUUUUAUCAGCCUGGCCUUCUCGCCAACAGCCAUCGUUGGUCUCAACUCUGAUUUGAAAGUGCCAAAGUUUGAGUUCCUAUCACAUGCUAAACCAUCCCUCUUCGAGUAUCCAAAACCAACAACUCAGCAGACUACAACUUCAGCAGUCAAGCUGCCUACAGCCAUUUUGUCAACUUAUGCCAAGGCUAAAUCUAGGGCGAAGAAGGAUGCGGAAAGCAAAGCUAACCAGGAGAAGGCAAUGGACUCAGAAAGUAAAGUUAACCAGGAGAAGACAACGGAAGAUACUUCUGGUUCAACUUCUGGCAAGGCAUCUAAAACUCAGGAGAAAGACGCUGAUGCAAUGCAGGUUGAUGCUACCACAGAGAAGAAGGCUCCAGAACCAGAACCGACUUUCCAGAUUCUGGCAAAUCCAGCUCGUGUUGUCCCUGCACAAGAGAAGUUCAUUAAGUUCAUCGAGGGCAGCCGAUAUGUCCCUGUGAAACCUGCCCCUUCUGGAUUCAUCCUCCUCCGUGAUACUCAGCCUACUGAGGCAGAGGAACUCGUGCUCACCGAUGCCCCCGCAACUGUGGCCGCAAGCACCGGCAACACUGCAGCUGCCACAGGCCAACAGGGGUCAGGUUCAUCUGCCAUGGCAGUCGACGAUGAGCCCCAGCCGCCUCAACCUUUCGAAUACACGUCGUAGGGAUGGAUCUCUGGAUCCAUAUAUAGGAGCCUUGUCUGUACUUCUUUUUUAGCGGAAGCCUUGUCUGUACUCACUAGUCCUUUCACCCGUAAGCAUACUUUUCAUAUUCUUUCAUGAGUAUGUUCUCGAGUAUGUAUUGUGCGGAAUUUUUUCUGUUGGAAACUUUGUAGAAUCAUCACUUGAUCAGCAGAAUUAGCUCGAAUGGGAGUUACAGGAUGAGUGUUUGGAAUA